GUUCUGAAUCUUCUGAUUAACCUACCACUGAACCAGUAAGCAACUCCAGUAUCCACCCUGCGUCUGUCGCUCUCUGCAUCUUGCAGAGCAAAUAUGGCUAAACAAGCUUCCUUACUCCUCCUGUUCUUAUUCUUCUUCGCCCUCUUCACACUCCAGGAAGCUUCACCAAGCCCAGAUUUGAAGCCCCUCUUAGAUUUCAAAUCCGCCUCUGACAAAGCCAACAAACUCACUUCAUGGAACUCCACCACCAACCCCUGUUCUUGGACCGGCGUCUCCUGUAUCCAGAACCGAGUUUCCAGACUCGUUCUCGAAAACCUGGGGCUCACUGGGUCCAUCCAGCCUCUUACUUCACUCACUCAGCUCAGAGUCCUUAGCCUCAAGAACAACGGCCUCUCCGGUCGAGUUCCUGAUCUUUCUAACCUCACUGCGUUGAAGCUUCUCUUUCUUUCUCAUAACGAGUUCAGUGGUGAGUUUCCCGUUUCUGUGCAGUCGCUUUUCAGGCUGUACCGUCUUGAUCUGUCGUUUAACAACUUUUCCGGCGGGAUUCCUGCGACGGUCAACAGUUUGACGCAUCUUUUGACGCUUCGGCUGGAGGAAAACCAGUUUACAGGUGCGAUUUCGGGUCUGAGUCUCCGGAAUCUGCAGGACUUUAAUGUCUCUGGUAACAGGCUAUCCGGUGAAAUACCUGCGUCUCUGUCUGGUUUCCCCCAAUCCGCAUUCGGGCAAAAUGUAGCUCUUUGUGGGUCUCCGAUGCAGAAGUGCAAGAGCAUUGCAACUGACCCGACAAAACCCGGAUCCAACGGAGCAUUGGCAUCACCGUUAAUACCCGGCGGCCACCCGAGUACGGUAGCUUCAUCGCCAAGCUUUUUGCCCUCAAAUCCAAACCGGAGAAACCCAACAAAGCCUCAACACAGAGACAGUUCCUCUUCCAAGAUCAGUCCAUUGGCUCUAAUAGCCAUUAUACUAGGCGACGUUUUGGUCCUCGCCAUGAUCUCUCUCCUCCUCUACUGCUACUUCUGGCGAAACUAUGCCGCCAAAAUACGAGAAGGGAAGCGCUCUAAACUACUCGAAGGAGAAAAGAUCGUGUACUCAUCGAGUCCGUACCUCACCCAGCCUGGAUACGAGAGGGGCCGAAUGGUAUUCUUCGAAGGAGGGAAAAGAUUUGAGCUUGAGGACUUGCUGCGAGCCUCAGCCGAAAUGCUGGGGAAAGGCGGGUUUGGAACCGCUUACAAGGCGGUGCUAGACGACGGCAAUUUGGUGGCCGUGAAGCGCCUGAAGGAUGCGAACGUAGGUGGGAAGAGAGAGUUCGAGCAGCACAUGGAAAUCCUGGGGAGGCUGAGGCAUCCCAAUUUGGUAACCCUGAAAGCUUACUACUUCGCCAGGGAGGAGAAGCUACUGGUCUCUGAUUACAUGCCCAAUGGAAGCUUGUUUUGGCUUCUUCACGGUAAUCGGGGACCAGGGAGAACCCCGCUGGACUGGACCACAAGGCUAAAAAUAGCGUCAGGAGCGGCCCACGGCGUAGCCUUUCUUCACAAUACCUGCAAAACACUGAAGCUCACCCAUGGCAACAUCAAGUCCACCAAUGUCCUCCUUGACAAAACCGGGAACGCACGCGUCUCCGACUUCGGCCUCUCCGUCUUCGCAUCCCCCACAACCAACUCCCCGCGCUCCAACGGCUACCUUGCGCCGGAGUUGUUAUCAUCAGACGGUCGGAGAUCCACCCAGAAAUCUGAUGUCUACUCCUUCGGUGUACUCCUCCUGGAGCUGCUUACUGGGAAGUGCCCUUCAAUUGUUGAUGGCGGUGUUGGGCCCGAAUGUGGAUACGGCGGCGCCGUGGAUUUGCCCAGGUGGGUCCAGUCUGUGGUGAGGGAGGAGUGGACGGCUGAGGUUUUUGAUUUGGAGCUGAUGAGGUAUAAGGAUAUCGAAGAGGAGAUGGUGGGGCUGCUGCAGAUUGCCAUGGCAUGCAGCGCGGCGGCGCCUGAUCAACGGCCAAAGAUGAGCCAUGUUGUGAAGAUGAUCGAAGAUCUUCGUGGGGUCGAGGUGUCGCCAUGUCACGACGGUUUUGAUUCCGUCUCCGACUCACCCUGCUUAUCAGAGGACACCUGUGGGGCAGCAAGUCAGUAAUUUUUUUAACCUAGGGAAAUCUUGGACAGACGAUGUAAAUUUUUUUCAAAUUCAACUUGCUUUGGAUUCUAAUUUCUACUAGUGUUUAGCAUCAAUUUCAAGAAUUUUUUUAAUGCAAAUUUAAGAAACGAGAAUGAAUGACCCAAGUGAAAGAGACAAAAAAACAGGUUUUAAAUG